AUGCUGCAAGGUGCUAGGAGCACAUCUUCCCUUGCGAGCGGACCUUUGGAUGGCAGCAUAUCCGUGCUCCGACACCUGCAGAUGCAGUCGAGACGGCUUGAUCAGUGGCCCGAUCCAAAGGGUAGUGGCUUUGCUCAGAGCUUGUCCGGUCAGUCUGGGGAGUCUGAAUUGCUGAGCCUAGCAAGAUUGGUUCUGGAGUUGAUAACCGCUGUCACACCGCAAGUUCAUCAAGCAUCUCAGGAUGACAGUAGUGGUGGCACUGGUGACUUCAAUCAAAGCCAAAGCCAAAAGGACGGGCUCCCAGAUAAAGAAAAACAUCAGAAAGCGCAUCGCAACUGUGUCAAGGCUGCGUGUCUUGCAGUUCGCAAGAAGCUAGACUUUAUGACACUGGCCUUUGCUGUGCGUGAGUCCGUGAGUAGCUUGCUCUAUGUUGUGGUGAUGGCAGAAUCGAAGCAAGCUGGCCAGCUGGUUGGGGGUGGCAAGGGACAACUGGCAGAAACUAUUUAUCAAAUUUGUGGCUUGAGAGACAAAUCUGAGACGUUUGCUUCAGGCUCAGCGUUCAAGUCCAAGGAGCCAUGUUGCCGGUGCAAAUGCUGCCACAUCACCAUCCAAGAAGCAUUGAGUUUGCUUCAGUUUCUGCACAAAUCUCUAUGCGGGGAGGGCAACAAUGGCAUCCAGGAGCAGAUCUCAAAGCAUGUGGAGGAUGGAAUUGUCCUUUUGCUCCAGAUCCUGAUUCAGCUAAGCUCUCAGGUUCACGAAGCAUGCUACUUGGCAGCUCAUCGUGCUUCCAGCCAAUUUGGUUGGCGGACUUUGUAUGAGGAGAUUCGGCAGAAAUGUACCUUGGUCUCCUGGCCACACAUGUUUGCGUGGACAUCCUUUGAAAGAUCCUUGCAGGGCAUGGAGAUCUCCUUUGCAAAACUGGAGCGUCGAGUGGCGAUGUUGGAGCUGCAGGAGAGACGCUUGCAGAGCAGGAUGUCAAGGUGUGUGUGCCCAUCAGCAGGUUUUCUAUCCUUCCCACCAGCCCUGCCAAAAGUGGAUGUUGUCCAGAAUCAAUCGCAUUCAAUCAACUCUGGCUCCCAGAUAGCGGCUGCAUCGCUUGGUCAUGCGCCUUUGGUUCAUGAGCUUCUGAAAGCCAAUGCAGAGGUGGAUGCGCCAAACCAGAAUGGAGCAACAGCCCUCAUUGCCGCUGCCUUUGCUGGAGAUGUUGACACGAUAGCAGCGCUGCUGGAUGGCAAGGCUUCGGUGGAGGCGUCCACAGCUUCUGGUGUGACUGCUUUGCAGGCGGCAGUUGAAGGGAACAAGUCAGAAGCUGUAGAGCAGCUCUUGGCGGCUGGUGCAGAGGUGAACACAGCAGAUGUGCUUGGAGCCACUCCUUUGCACCGUGCAGCUCAGUUUGGAUUGCCAGACAUAGCUGCGGCGUUGAUAGAGGCAAAUGCCCAGGUGGACUUGGGAACCAACGAGGGUUUGACCCCCCUCAUGAUGGCAGCGCGGACGGGACAAAGUGAUGUUUUGGCAGAAUUGCUUGAAGCUGGUGCUGAUAUGGAGAUGCGAGAGAAGAAAGGUGGCACUGCCCUUUUCGAAGCUGCCAAGUUUGGUGCCACAGAAGCGGCCUCUUUGUUGCUUGCCUUGAACGCUUCUGCAGAUGCAACACGGGAGGACGGCGCCACUCCCUUGAUGAUUGCUGCACAAGGGGGCAAGGCAGGAGUUGUACUACAGCUUCUCAACAACACUGCGAACAACACUGCAACGGUCGACCUUGCGCGGAAGGACGGUUGCACCGCUUUGAUGUUUGCUGCAAUGUCGGGACAUGGUCCAAUUGUCACAGAGCUGAUGAAGGCUGGAGCCGAUCCUGACACUGUUGAUGAGAAUGGCGUAACUGCUAUCAAAAUUGCCAAGCAGAAUCGUUUCCCGGAUGUUGUUCGGCGUUUACGCAAUGCCGGUGCGAGCGGAACGCUAGGUCUUGAUGUCUUUGACGUACAAGUCUUGCUUUGGAUGUUUGACGCUCCUAUUGUCUUCCAGAAAUGUUUGAACCUCCUCCUGACGGUCCACAGCGGCGUUGCAUUCUGCUUUGGCUUGUGUGCGUUCCUUUUGCCGCACUUCUUUGGUUUCUUUCUUGGCGAAGAGUGGCAUGGCAGCUGGCGCUGGAAUCCAGAUGAUGGCCAGGUCAAAAUUACCCAUGUGGUUAUUCGCCUCUACGGAGCUCUCAUCUUUGGACAAGGCAUUUUGACCUGGGCCGCCAAAGAGACAGAUGAUGGUCAAGUCCGACGAUGGGUGGUCCGAGCUUCCGCUGUUCUUUUGGCUGCAGUGGAAAGGUGGUGUUCAGUCUCACGACUGUUGCGCUUCUCCGUGCCCAAUUCACAGAUUCAACAUGGCACGCUCUAA